AUGAGUCUUCCACCAGGGUAUAGGGUUACCGGUGAAACGGGGAACGUGUGCAAAUUGAAAGAGGCAUUGUACGGGUUAAAGCAGUCUCCUCGGGCAUGGUUUGGCAGAUUUACCACAGCUAUGAAGAAGUUUGGUUACCGACAAGCCAAUAUUGAUCAUACUCUAUUCAUUAAACAUAAGGCUAGUAAGGUAACUUUAUUGAUUAUUUAUGUUGAUGAUACGAUUGUGACUGGUGAUGAUACUAUAGAAAUCGAGGAACUGCAGAAACCUUUAGCGAAGUAUGUCAUGGACCUGCUAGCAAAUACUGGAAUGCUUGACUGUAAACCAGCUGAUACACUUAUUGUUGAGAAUCAUAAACUUGGUGUUUAUGUGGAUCAGGUCCCAACUAACAGAGAAAGAUACCAAAGGUUGGUUGGGAGAUUGAUUUAUUUAUCAUUGACACGCCCUAAUAUUGCAUAUGCCAUAAGCGUUGCUAGCAAAUUUAUGCAUUCACCUAGUGAGGAUCAUAUGGCUGUUGUGAUGCGUAUUCUGAGUUACUUAAAGUCUGCUCAUGGGAGAGGUUUAUUAUUUAAGAAAAAUGGUUAUUUGGAUCUAGAAGGUUAUAUUGACGCAGAUUAUGCAGUGAAUAUUACAGACAGACGUUCUACAUCAGGUUACUUCACUUUUGUUGGUGGUAACCUAAUUACGUGGCGUAGCAAGAAGCAAAAAGUUGUGUCUCGGUCUUCCGCAGAGUCUGAGUACAGAGUGAUUGCCCAAGGGGUUUGUGAAAUACUGUGGUUGAGGUGGUUACUUGUUGAAAUUGGGUUUAAACCGAAUGCUGCUACAAAGCUCCACUGUGAUAAUCAGUCUGCAUUUGAAAUUGCUAACAAUCCGGUGCAACAUGAUCGAACUAAGCAUGUAGAAGUUGAUCGGCAUUUCAUUAAGGAGAAGCUGGAGCAUAAGUUAAUUUCUAUACCUUUUGUGUCUUCUUCAGAGCAACUUGCAGAUAUGUUGACCCAUGUCGUAUCAAAGCGCCGAUUUGAAGGCUCACUUGACAAGUUGGACAUUACCGAUAUCUAUGCACCAACUUGA